AUGGACGCACCAGUUCUCAAGAAAGACCAGCUCGAUGGCCGGGACGGCACCUACAUCGUCGACAAGGAAAUCCCAGAGACUGCCCUUGAGAGCGGCACCAUCUCUCCAAACGGCUUGAAGACGACAGCCGAUGGGAAGACGAUCCUCAUCCCACAGCCUUCAGACGACCCAAACGAUCCUCUGAACUGGUCAUGGGUCAAGAAACACACAGUCUUUGCUGCCCUGCUUCCGGGCUGCUUCCUUACGGAUUGGGUCAUCACAUGGGGCUCGACGCUGUUUGAGAUGCAGGCCAAGGACUGGCAUAUGAAGGUCCCAGCUGUUGCCCAGUCCAUGUCUGGCUCCAUCUUCAUGCAAGGACCGGGUGGUCUCCUUGCUGUCCCUCUCUGUCAGCGAUACGGAAGGCUGCCCGUGCUGUUCUGGUCACAGCUCCUCACUCUGGUCUUCACCAUCGGCGCGACCGUUUCACCCGACUACGCCAGCUUUACAGCCUGCCGUACGCUUCAAGGUUUCUUCGGCGCUCCGCCUCAAGUUAUAGGGCUGUCCAUGAUCCAUGACAUGUUCUUCUUCCACGAGCGCGCCCGGAAAAUCAAUAUCUGGGCCUUCAGCUUCCUGAUCGGUCCGUACCUCGGGCCCUUCAUCUCGGCUUUCAUCGCAGAGAAGCUCUGGUGGAAGGAGAAUUUCGGUGUCCUUUGUGGCUUCUACGCCUUCUCGGUUCUCAUGGUGAUCUGCUUUGGCGACGAGACCCUUUACGACCGGGACGGCCGAAGGAGCAUAUCGUCAAGCGGCUUUGGACGCCGCACAAGUCUCUUGUUGGGUAUUGCUGGCUUCCGCGAGUGCGCGGGCAGGCCGACUAUCUGGAGAGUGACCAAGGACCAGUACUCGCUGCUAUUGCGACCAUACCUCCUUUUGCCCACUUUCGGAUUCGUCACCUUUAUCACGAUGUGGACCAUCGGCAUUGUCUCCACGGUGACCCACUUCGUCGUGCCUCCACCGUAUCUCUUCUCCCACACAGCUGUCGCUCUACUCUUCCUAGCUCCCAUGCUUGGCACCGUCGCUGCCGAGUUCUGGGGACACUGGUUCAACGACUUCCUCUGCAACCGCUACACCAAGAAGCACGGCGGCAAAUAUGAGCCAGAGAACCGCCUGUGGGGCGUCUAUCCUGCGUGGAUCCUCGGCAUCAUUGGCCUUGUGGUUUUCGGCCAGUCACUGCAGCACCAUUUGCAUUGGAUUGGCGUCGCGUUUGGCUGGGGCCUGAACUGCUUCUCGACCUUGGGCACAACCGUCGCUAUUUCGGCGUAUGUGCUUGAUGUCUUCCCUCAGCAUGCGGCGCUGGCUUCGUCAUGGAUUAAUGCUUUCCGUGUAGUUGGCGGCUUCACUGUCAUCUACUUCCAAGCUAAGUGGGCGCACCAUGAUGGUCCCGCCAUCACCUUCGGCAGCCAAGCUGCUAUCGUCGCUGGCGCAAUUAUAUCCAUUGUAGCAACGCAGGUUUAUGGCAAGAGGUGGCGGGCGAGAUUCCCAGCACCGGCUGCUGAGAACUAA